AUGGAGAAGCCUGUGGAAGUCCCGUGUGGACCGUCCGAGCCGCAGGAAAACCGUCCUCAUCUUGGCUGGAGGGUGCACUUCCUGGAGCUGGUUGUCAUCAGCUAUUUCAUUGGUUAUGUGCUCAAUUUCAUGAUGAGUGUUCAGUUUGUUUACGCAAGACUGGAAUCCAAUCUUCUGAGAGAGGGAAACGUCACCCUGAACGGGACAGUCAAAAAUAGUCACUGUGUCGCCACCAUCGGAAACGACAGCGGUGCCCAGAUUGUCGCCCGUGCGCAGAACAUGGCCUCGUCUUGGCAGCUCUACCUUAGCCUGGUUGGGGGAAUCCCCUCGGUGUUCGCCACGAUUUUGUUAGGAUCCUUAUCCGAUAGGAUCGGCCGUAAAGUUCUUCUCCUUUUACCGGCUGUUGGUGCCGCUAUUCGAUCCGCAACAUACUGCGCGGUAAGCUACUGGGGACUACCGUUGUAUUGUUUGUUGAUAGUACAUGGUAUCGAAGGAUGCACUGGAAGCUUCGUGGCGACGCUCUUAGCGUCCUUCGCGUACACAUCCGACAUUACUGCUCGCGGGAAAAAGCGCUCUUUGCAGAUCACAAUCAUGGAGAGCAUGCUAGGCAUUGCUCUGGGAAUUUCCAACUUAACCUUGGGAUUCAUGAUUAAAGAAUGGGGUUACACCGUACCGAACAUUCCCGCUUUGGUAAUGAAUAUCUCCGCAGGAUUGGUCACCGUGUUUCUUUUACCGGAAACGAGGAAAUCUGGUCCCUACAGCAAAUCCCCAUCCUUGGGAAAAGCAUUCUACAGGGUGUUCCACUUCUACUUCUCAACCAAGAACGGUAAUCCUCGGGACUGCUAUCUGAUUUCUAUCGCUACAUUCGCGAUGGCGUCUUUGGCGUUCGUUGGUGCUAGCGGUGUGGAAACCUUGUACGUGUUAAACGAACCCUUUUGUUGGAACUCCGUUCAGAUUGGAUACUUUGCUACGACAAGGGCACUUUGUCAGGCCUUCGCAGCAGUCCUCAUUGUCAAGCUCCUUCAAUUCUGCCUGUCAGAUGUGGGAAUUGCUCUUGUUUCGGGAGCAUGCAAAGUUGCAUCGCUCCUCCUAGAAGGAUUCGCCACGAAAGAUGCCUACAUGUAUGUUGUGGCAGUGAUCGGGAUGUCUGGCAUAGCAGUAUUGGCAAUGAUUCGGUCGAUUAUGUCGAAGAUGACACCAAAGGACAAGUUAGGGGCGGUGUUUGCCAGUAUCGCGUCAGUGGAGGCAGUCACUAACAUGACUGCUAGUAUAGCAUUUGUGGCGAUAUAUCAAGAGACCCUAACUUUCUACGACGGCACUGUGUUUUUCUGUAUGGCGUUCGUCGUCAGCGUCAGUAUGGUUCUUUAUCUGAUUCUUCAUUACAAGUUGAAACGGCGGGAGGCGGCCCUGAUGCAAGUACAGCAGGCCGUAAUAGUCAACGAGGAGCGCAAACCUCUGCUAGGGAAUCGGGAAACCGGCGGCUACUAACGGGACACGUCCACCUACUAACAGGAUACGUCCAGAUACUAACGGGAAACGUCCAGAUACUUACAUGAAACGUCCAGAUACUAACGUGAAGCGUCCGGAUACUAACGGCUUGCGUCCAGAUACCCACGACAAUCGUUCGGGUACUAACAAGCCACCCUGGAUAUGACUAAUAACAGCGACAGACCCCCAGUUAAUGAAACAAGACCGGCUACCAGCAGAAAACGUCCGGCUACUAACGCAAAGCGGCCGGUUACUAGCUGGAAACAUCCGGCUGCAAACAGGAAACGUCCGGUAAUGAUUUCUAACGU